AUGGCAAUGCUCAUCAACCGAUCGAUGACCAGCAGGACCUUAGUCAGCCCGCUCCGAACCUUCUCCACUCGCUCAAACUUCCUCAGCCAACACCAGCUCCCACCUGUAAAGACCUGCCCCAAGCUUAACACCCUCUCCUCCGCCAGGCCCGCCAGUCGACCCAUCUUCCAGACUAGACUCCAAUCUACUUCCUCAAAGAACAUGCCUGGCCCAUUGAAAGUCGGCGACACCAUUCCUUCGGGAACGUUCAGCUACAUCCCCUACACACCUGAGCUUUCUUCGCCAACCGUGUGUGGAAAUGCGAUCGACUUGAAGAGCGAUCAGUGGAAGGGAAAGAAAAUCGUUCUAUUUGGUGUUCCAGGUGCUUUUACCAAGACUUGCUCGGCCAAUCAUUUGCCCGCUUAUGUCAAAAAGGCCGGCGAGUUGAAGUCUAAAGGCGUCUCGGGUAUCUAUUGCAUUGCUUCAAACGAUGCUUUCGUGAUGUCCGGAUGGGGCCGUUUGCUUGGUUCUAACGAACACGUUGAGAUGAUCAGCGACUCGACUUUGAAAUGGUUGGAAGAAGCUGGAUUGACCGUCGAUCUUAGUAGCCAUGGGCUCGGCAAGCGUGGUACUCGCUUCGCUCUCAUCAUUGAUGACUUGAAGGUCACUUACGUCGGCAUCGAAGAGAGCCCAGGUUCAGUAUCGGUCUCCGGAGUCGAUGCUGUGCUCCCAAAGCUUUGA